GAUACUCUUAAAACAGGUACUAACACGGAUACCAAGCAUACAUUGGAACUUCAACAAUAUUGUCCUUCUUUUAAAACUAGAGAAAAUAUGUCAGAAAAUAUAAUUGACAUAUUAGAACACAUAGAUCAAGUGUUGUGAUGUCAGAAGCUGAUAAAAUGUUGAUUGAGGACCUGUUAUGGCAAGUAGAGAAACACCAUACAAUUAUUUCAAGUGUUCUCCUUCCAGAGCCACAAAUUACCAGAAACAGAUUACAUCUUAAAAUAACAGCACACCAUGUCCGUGAAAUACUGAAGAUUGAACCAUUCCAUUUAUCUGAUGAGGAAUUUGGAGACAGUCUUUGUCAAUUACAGCAUUUAAGAAAAGCUCCUCUGUACUUCUUAGAGAAAUACUCCAUGGUACCCUAUCAGAUAAUGCAGUUAAACCCAGUAAAAUCAGAGUCAUUUUCUUCUUAUAGUAUAAGUGAAAUUAAUGAAUCCAACUGUCUGAAUGCCGAAAUUGAAGAAAGCACAGCUUCAAAGGACUCUGCACGCCUACAAACAAAAGUAGUUCCAGACAUUUACAAACAAGAUAAAGCAAACACUUCAACUACAAUGACUACAACAAUGUGUGGAACAUCACAAGUUCAAAAAACACCAACACAGCAUUAUGGAGAACAUUUAGAAUGUGACCAGGAGACAUCAAAUCCAAUAAAUUCAUCAGUUAGAAAACUGAAUUGUGAGCAUCAAACGAAAAUCAUUGCAAAGGCUCAUGAUGCACAGAAAACUCUGCCAGAAGAUUUAAAUCCACUUGCUGACUUCAUUUUGCUUAGGUCCAAACAGCCAACUGUUACUUCUCCAAUGGUCGAAGUCCAAAGUUCUAACAGUAAUAAUGUAAAUGUUGAAUCCAAGGUAGAAAAUUACCCAAUCCAGAUGACAGAAAAUAAUGUGUCUAUUGAACAUUUGUAUAUACAAGCAGAUCAACAAAGAACAAGCACUGUUGUUGAGGUUCAAGCUUCAGAAAGUCAAUGCCGAGGUUAUUGCAUGCUCCACGAUGUGGCAGUCUCUGUUCAGACUCAAUUAAAAAACAUAGGCACAGACUACAAUUGGAUGGGAAAUUUUGCAAUGCUAUCUUUCGACAAAACAAGGUGGUUUUUAAAGCAACAUGAAAAGAAGGUCAAUAACAACAUAAAGGAAGGUAAAUGCAAUGAGGUGGAUAUCAUGCUGUAUAAGCACUCUGCUCUGGUGCAUCUUCUUGUAACAGUUCGAGAUUUGCUUCUGGCAUGUGGUCUUGAUGCUGCUGUAGGCUACAUGACAAGAGCCAAGGAAACCUACACAAGCUCACUGGGUGCUUAUUUAAAUGAUGUUUGGAAAAGACUAAGGAUUGUGCAAUACUUUAGCCAAAGCACAGAAGAAAUUAAUCCAAAAAUAACUGAGCUACAAAAACAGAUGUCAAAGUGGAUGCAGAGAAGUAUAUCACAGGAGCAUGAUUUUAAAGUGCUUGUAAUAAUCAGAAUGGAUUCAGAUUGUGUAAGGGAAUGUCUUGUUAAUAGUCUCAGGCAGUUCACAACCUUGGCAGCAACUGCUAUUUUACCUGAAGAUAGUAAAACUUUGGAUUACAAUACUGUAAUAUGCUGUCUACAGAGGCAUUCCUGUGCGGUAGUAUGUAGUCAGCACUUAUGUGCCAAUUUUCCAUGGAACUAUUUCUCAUUAGUAGUGGAAUAUGACUACUUGGAGCCAUCUGGUUGGACUCAUCACUGCAAGGACAAAGAUAUCAGCCACAUUGCAUUUAAAACUGUCCUUCCUGAUGUGGUAAGCAAUAAUAUACGCUCACAAGGUCUUCCAAAUGAAACCUUCAAAUGGAAUUCAUCUGUCCUCCUAAUGGAACUCGAGGUUCCUUUUGUGUUUCUUGCAACUGAGGGUCUAAUUCGCUCUUCACAACUUCUGCAAAACCUGGAGUCGAGAUAUAAUAUUACUAUUUUAGAAAGAAGCUGUCCUGUGUCCGUGCAACUUUUUGAAGGAAUGUUGUGUGAUGCAGUUAUUACAGUAGAUGAAAGUACUGCAGUAGUUGUACAGGAAAUAGAACAGCUGACAGAGGAGAAAGCAGCCGAUUGCUUUAUCCUGAGAAUGCUGGCAUUAUCUCUGCAGUACACCUGCUGUUGGAUAAUUUUAAGUGUUACAGACACAUCAAGGUACACUUUUACUGGAAAAGUAUUCUGUAAUCUGGUACUAAUAUAUGCUGCACUUGUGCUCUUGGGGCUAAAGUCAGAGGACCUGGAAAUUAAGGUAUUAAUUUCAUCAAACACAGCUGAAACAGCACAACUAAUACAUCAGAUCGGUAGCUUUACAUUAAUGUCUUCCAAGACUGACCCCUUAAUCUGGCUUGAUAGAUCUUGGCUUUCUGUUGUAGCAUCAGAGGCAGAGCAAUGCCUGCUCAGUUUCCCUUGUAUUAACUCCUUUGCAGCACAACUUAUGUUGAAAAGGACGCCAUCACUUGACUGGCUAUUUGCGGCAACGCAUAGUGAGCUACAAGAGGUUCUUCCUGAAAUCCCCAAUAAAGCCAUAAAGCUCUUCACUAGUACAACAGCACUCUACAAAUUAAACGCAUCGCAUUCACCAACACCACAGGAAUCUCAGGAAAUAUCAGGGGACUUUAAGGAAUCUUGCUCCCAUUGUACUGCUGAGAAAACUUUCCCAACCACAUUGGAUGUUUCUGCCCAGCAAUCUCUAGAAGAUGAAAUGUGCAGUUCUCAGUACCGUUUGGAACUCAAUCAGAAAUGUGACAAUUGUUUUUCUGAAAAUCAACAAAUAGAAAACCUGGGAAUAUCCAACUAUACUAAAAAUGAGUGGAGACAAAAGAGGAUCAGUGUGGCUCCUUUACAAAGUAGUAAUAUGGUAACCCAAAAUGUUUCAAGUAGCUCUGUUCCAAAUAAGGAUACAUGCAACUGGAAUCAAUUUGUGCACCCUUCACCAGAGAAAGAAUACUCAAAAUUCACAUGCUGUAACCAAUCAAGUAUUUUCACUAAAGAAUUACAAAACUCUCAAGGUACCAACAGUCAGGCAUCGGUUCUGCCAUUAAAAAGACCACUGACUUACAAGAGUCAUACCGCCCAAAGUGCAGUUGAUUUUUCUGUUGGAGGAAAUGUUGUGUAUCGUCUGCCUAGCAAGUCCUCACCUACACAAAGAGAUAACUCAGAAUUUGGAUAUGACAAACCAAAUUCUUGGAAUUUCAGUAACCUCUCUCCAGACUGCAGCAGACUGCAUGAAAAUAUCACAGAAAUAAGAAAAGGGAUGUUUAAUGGAUCAGAGAGUGCUGGGCAACUGUUAUUUUCUCCUCACCAAAAAAGAAAACGUUUGACCUAUGAAAAGAUUCCUGGUAGGAGUGAUGGGCAGACAAGACUCGCAUUCUUCUGACAGAAGUGAGCUUUUGUGCAAGCUCUCAUGACGGCCCAAAGUAUGGAUGACAACAUUUAGAUCAACUGAAGCAGUCACAGUGAUUUACUUCAUGAGCAUCUCAAGGUGUCAGCAUCCAAAUUUUCUUUAUUAAUAAUUGCCAUUCUUCUUCUUUGAAUUACAUAUUUUCCUGAUUGUAUGUUACUAAGUGUGUUAACUUUCUUAACUUUAUAAGAAUUGUUUGUGUCAUAUAAAAGAGUUAAAUAUUUUAUGUCUGAGUGUUUGGUAUUCUGUAUUCUAAU